GGACCUAAAGGAAUGGACGGAGCGCCCGGUAUAGACGGCGAGAAAGGUCAGAAGGGAGAACGCGGUUACGCAGGACCACGCGGUGUCCCUGGCGACGUGGAUGGUAUACCGGGAGUGCCGGGUGGGCCUGGUUUGCCAGGAGAGCCGGGAACCCCAGGAAAAGAUGGAAUGCCAGGAUAUCCAGGAGCAGCUGGCGAGAAAGGAGAGAUUGGAGGACGUUGCAUAGAUUGUUUGCCAGGAUUGCCAGGACUUAAGGGUGAUCGCGGUUUCGACGGCCAGCCUGGACAUCCUGGACCACGAGGUCCACCUGGAGAACGAGGAUUCCCUGGUGAACCGGGCACCGACGGAUUGCCCGGCCCAAUUGGACCACCAGGACCACCGGUAUCUUCGACAGAUUUUUAUUACAUCAGUUGCACUUCUACGUGAAAUAUUAUACUUACAGCAAAGAACAUAAGCUGUGACAAUGACGAUGAUGAAAAAGAAAGAGAUUACACAAUGAUUCACUUGGUGAAGUUUCUACUUUGA